UGUCCAAGAUGGCGGCUGCUGCUACAGUCUCAACCAACUCAAAGAAAUCAUUCGAGAUCGAAACAACCGUAAAAGAUGCUUUCUAGCUUGGCAACGUAAAGACCUACAUUGAUUUUUUUUGUUUUAUUUUUAAUUUUUUCACCCCCCCCCCAAAAAAAAACGUUUUCAGCUGUGUCCUAUUGGGUGGAGUCGGGAUUGCAGGUUUCAUACCGUUGGAAUGUUGAUAAAGUUUUUAUUCUUUCCGAGAUCGAUAUGGCGCUGAGAGAGUUGAAAGUUUGCCUUCUUGGGGACACAGGGGUAGGAAAAUCCAGCAUUGUUUGGAGGUUUGUGGAGGACAGCUUUGACCCCAACAUUAACCCGACUAUUGGGGCGUCCUUUAUGACGAAGACCGUCCAGUACCAGAACGAGCUUCACAAAUUCCUGAUCUGGGACACCGCGGGCCAGGAGAGGUUCAGAGCCUUGGCGCCAAUGUACUACCGGGGCUCUGCGGCGGCCAUCAUCGUCUAUGACAUCACUAAAGAGGAGUCCUUCCAGACGCUGAAGAACUGGGUGAAGGAGCUCCGGCAGCACGGCCCCCCGAACAUCGUGGUGGCCAUCGCGGGGAACAAGUGCGACCUCACCGACGCCAGAGAAGUCCCAGAAAAGGAAGCCAAGGACUACGCUGACUCCAUUCAUGCCAUCUUUGUGGAAACCAGUGCCAAAAACGCCAUUAACAUUAACGAGCUCUUUAUAGAGAUAAGUCAGAGGAUCCCUGUGACCGAUCCCAGCAUGGGGGCAGCCGGGAAAGGCUUUAAACUUCGGAGGCAGGCGUCGGAGUCUCGCCGCAGUUGCUGCUGAUACAGUGAGGGGCCCUGGGAUUCGCCCCCCUGGGGGGAGGGGAGCGGGGGGGAGAGUGUGUCCCCAGGGCGUGUCCAUUGAGAGGUUCCACACUACGCACAGACGAGCCGAGCCUCAGCCAAGCGAGCCCAGGAGGUGAAGAGCACAGAGGGACACAGGAACUCCUGUGCGUUUCUGUUUCACUGUAGUCCUGCAGCAGGGAGCCCUUACCUGUUGCUGUCCCACCUACCACUUCACAUCUGGAGCCACGAGCAGGAUAUGACAAACAGCAGCCUUCACCCCUGUCUGCCCCCGAGAUCUGUCCAGAGUGCUCGCGUGGUCCUGCCCGCACUGGGCCUUCCAGAGACCGAGGAAGCAAUGAGGCCUUCCUGGCCCGUAAAACCGCAAAUCUCAUUUUAUUGUGCUUAUAGAGUUUAAAAAAUGGAACUCUAAUGUGGACUUUUUUUUCCUCCG